AUUUGACACAAUAAAUAAUCUGAAAAAUAAAAAUUUUUAUUUUCCAAAUUGUCAAUGAUGAUGAUGAUGAUGAGAUCCAGAAACACAUAAACACAGAAACACCCACGCAUAAAAAUUCAUUUGAAAACUCAAUAAAAAAAUAAAAUAAAUUCAACACUUCUGCACACCAGCUGUGUCCCCAAAAAACAUAAACACAAGAAGCAUAUAACUCAACAUACAUGCAUGGUAAAAACAGCCGCCAAUCCGAUUGUUUGUUGUGCCACUAAAUAAAAUUUUUUAUUUUUUUGCAAGAAAAAUCCUGGUAUAUUUUUUUAUAGAGAAUCAAUGUUAAUAAUGGUGAGGACGAGGAUUCAUUCAAUCGUCAUCAAUUUUUGCUUUUGUAAAUGCAAAAUUGAUGAUGUGCUUUACGAUCAUAUCCGAUUAUAGUUUUGUUCAAUUUAUUGUCCCUAUAUAUCUUGACGUUUAAUGUAUAUGAUGGCUAUGUUGUGUGUAUGGUUUGUGUGUGUUAGUAGUUGACGAUGAUAAUGAUUCAAAGUUGAGGCUACCCAAUGAUUUGAUCUUAAUAUAAUUAUAAUAGUAUCCUUAUUUAUUAUAUAUAAUGUUCCUCUAUCCGGCUAGUUUUUUUUUAUUGUUAUUGGCCAAUUAUAAGUAAGAUUCUCCAUUUAUAAUCAUUUUAAUCAACUCAGACAAAUCAAAAAUCAUCAAUCGACAUCAUAAUUGCCUGACAACAACAUCCUUGUUCUAAUUUUUUUUUUUUUUUUUUAGUUCCAAAUUUUUCUGUUCUAUGGUGGUGUUAAUUUAUUAGAUGAUUUUUAGUUUAAAUUUUUGAGCAUUCUCCACGGAGCAUCUUCAAGUUUUGUUCAUCAUUGAAUUUCGAAUAUCGUGUUGCCUUCUAUUUGUUGUUGAACGUUUUUUUUCGAAAAGAAAAAUUCUUUGUUUUGUUUAGUUAGACUUUUUUUUUGGUUGAGAUUUCUUCAUUAUUCUCUACAGUGUGCUCAUGUUCGAAUUCCUAUUCAAUAUGUAAUACAAUCGACAAGAUAUAAAAAUUGAGAGAAAAAAAACAAGAAUUUUCAUCAAAAAAACUACUGAAAUUUUUGAAAUAGGACAUGAAAGAUGAUACUCUUUUGUUACUCACAUUUCAAACAUAAUGCUAUUGUUGUUAUUGUCCAAUGUUUGAAAUACAAUUUUAUCUUUUGUUGGUGAAUUUAAAAGAAUUCGAAUCUUUGAGUGGAAAAAAACAAAAUUUCUCCAUUGCAUUACGGUGGUGAUGAUGACUGAAUUUUUAUUUAUAACGGCCAAUGUUGGAUCCAUAUUUCAAGAUUCUAAACUUUUGCUUAAAUCAUGGAUAGCCGAAUUUUUGAAGACUGUGGAUAGAUUAAAACCUAAAUUCAUUGCAUUACAUUGUCAGGAAUUUGGUGGAAAAGAUUAUCGAAAAACAUCAACAAAUGUUGAUGAUUUUGUACGAACACUAAUAUCUAGCCAUGAAAUGAUCGAUUUCGAAACGAUUCGUGUAUUUAUCGAUGAAGACUAUUCAUCUGAUAAUAAAUUCACCGCAUUGGGUAGUUUUUAUUUCAUACAUAAAACUCAACAUGCAUUUAUUUGGAAUUUUGAUGGUAAUAAAUUUGUUCCGGCCACGAAUAGAGAAAUACAUUCUGGUAGCAUCGAAAAUGUGCCUAUAAAAUUUAAACGAAAAUUUCCCCAAGAAUUAUUUCCUGAGUGUAAAUGGUCUCGAAAAGGUUUCAUGAAAACCCGUUGGAUGAUCAAUGAAUUAAUCUUUGAUACAAUCAAUAUUCAUUUAUUUCAUGAUGAAUCCAAUUUUGUUUCGAUCUCAGACUUCCCAUCAAUGUAUGCCAAAAAUCGUCGUAAAGCAUUCGAAUAUAUGUUGGGUUUAAUUGGACCGGAGGAUUUCAAAAUUCUCCCCAUAUUUAUAUUUGGUGAUUUUAAUUUUCGAUUAGAUACCAAAGCCGUCGUGCAGCGUUUGACAGUCAAUUCACGAUUAUCGCAAAAGAAAACAAAAAAUGGUGAUCUAUCUCGUCUCAUGUAUCAUGAUAGCACUAAUGAUCAUCGUCUAUUAUCAAUUGAAAGAAAACAAUUCAUCUAUUCUGAUCAGAAUUUUUUCACUGAUCCACAUAAUUUUGAUUGGCUUAUGAAACAGGAUAAAGAAUUGAAUCAUUUUCAUGGAACGCUAUGGGAAUUUGAUCGACAUUUUUUGCCUAGCUAUCCAUUUGAAGAGAAUAUAAAUAUGAUAACAACAGCGUCAUCAUCAAAAAUGAUAGCUAAUAGCUAUAUGAAAACUCGUUGUCCUGCAUGGUGUGAUCGUGUAUUAAUGAACAAUACUGCCAAACAAUUAUUGAUCAAAAAUGAAAAUCAACAAACAAAAAUUCAUUAUGAAAUGAUGGGUAAUGAUUCACCUAUGGGUGAUCAUAAGCCAGUCUAUCUGUAUUUUGAUUAUGAUACAACAACAACAACAACAACAGCAAUUAAUUUAAUAGCUGCAGCUAAUGAUUUAUUAUUUGUAUGUUGAUUUCGUUUGAAAAUUUAAUUUAAUUUCCC